GACAAACUAGCGGAACUACAGUUGAGUAUGCUGCUGGUGAGGGAACUGCUUGGCGUGAAUACAUUGUCGGAAUAACCAUAUUUAAACAUGCACAUGUUACGAUGAAAGACGAAUUUUAACAGGAGAUAAAGCUCCAGCUUUUUUUUUGUGCUUCUUGUUGUACCUCCGUCUCAAACAAAUGGCCUCAGAGGAUGAAGUCAGCCUGCUGGUCAUCGUCGUGGACGUAAACCCGAUUUGGUGGGGGCAGCACGCUCAACGUGAGCCAGAGUUCACCCUGUCCAAGUGUUUGGAUGCAGUCAUGGUGAUGGGGAACUCGCACUUGGCCAUGAGCAGGACCAACAAGCUGGCCGUCAUUGCAAGCCACUGUCAAGACAGUCACUUCCUGUAUCCCAGUAAGAGCUGGAAAGGCGCAGACAGCGGUGCAGAUGAUGCAUCCUCCAGCGGGGACGGAAAGUAUGAACUGCUAUCAGUCGCCAACAACCUCAUUGCUGAAGAGAUGAGGAAUGUUAUGUCAAAAACUGAAGUGCGUGGAAAUUCAACAGAUACUCUGUUGGCUGGAUCCCUUGCCAAAGCUCUCUGCUACAUUCACAGGGUCUCAAAAGAGCUGGAAGUUGGGCAGGAAAUCAAAUCAAGAAUACUGGUGAUAAAAGCAGCAGAGGACUGUGCCCUCCAGUAUAUGAACUUCAUGAAUGUGAUUUUUGCCGCACAAAAGCAGAACAUCUUGAUAGAUGCCUGUGUGUUGGACUCGGACUCAGGUCUCCUUCAGCAGGCUUGCGAUAUAACAGGAGGAUUGUACCUCAAGAUACCACAGAAAAUUGCCCUGGCGCAGUACCUUCUAUGGGUGUUCCUCCCUGACUCAGAGCAGCGUUCACAGCUGGUGCUGCCGCCGCCUGCACACGUGGACUACAGAGCUGCAUGUUUCUGUCAUCGCAACCUCAUCGAGAUUGGUUACGUGUGCUCAGUUUGUCUGUCAAUAUUCUGCAACUUUAGCCCCAUCUGUACAACGUGCGAGACUGUCUUCAAAAUACAACUACCACACAUGGUCAAGCCCAAAAAGAAGAAACUCAAGCAGCUGGCAUGAUUCCUGCUCAGCAUAGUAACCCGCAGCCUCGGGUAUGGGAGAUGAACGUACUAACCACAAGGCCAAAACCCCCGAGUCAUAGCGUCUGUCGCUAGCACGUCUCUUAAGGUGUUGGGAAGUUUUUUUUACACAGUGUUGUGAGGUGUGGUCCGCGCCAUUUUUUUUGUUUUCAAUUUACUGAGCUGAAAUAGAAGAUAUUUUUUUACGGUGCACACACAAAACUGACACCUAGUGAACUGUGAGGAUAUAUAGCCGAAUUGUAUAAAAGGUGUAUUGGAUUAAAAUGGCUUACAGCCCCAUUAAGAUAGUGAUGUUUAUUCAGCAAACUGACUCCCAAACAGAGGCACUGUAACACUUUUUGUUAGACUUCUUUAUUUGGCUAUUUCCCACUCUGAAAGCUGUCCUUGUAUGAAGGAAAUAAUGUCAAGUUGUGGUUAAGAUGAAAAAUUAAACAGAUGGAAAUUUG